CCACCCGGUGGAAGUCUUGACUGACCAACCGCUGGGUGCAGUCUUGCGAAAUUCAACAUCCUCCGGGAGGAUGGUGAAAUGGGCGAUGAUGUUAACUCAAUUCAACAUUGAGUACCGGCCAAGGUCAGCAAUCAAGGGGCAAGCCCUUGCGGACUUCCUUGUAGAGAUGACCGGUAUAACUCCAGAUGAGCCGGUCAACAAACCCACUGAGCAAUGGUGGGAGAUGGCGGUAGACGGGGCGUCCGGUCCUAAAGGCUACGGGGGUGGGAUCGUCUUUACCACCCCGGAAGGGUUCAAGAUCUACCAUGCAAUCGUCUUCAACUUCAACCGGGUCAGUAUCAAAUCUGACUCUAGUUUGAUCGUCGGGCCAGUGACCGGUAACAUGGAAGCUAGAGAAGGUCGAAUGGCGCAGUACAAGGACCUAAUACUUGCCUUGUUGAAAGGCUUUGAGGAAUUCAAGAUCGCCCAAAUCCCCCGGGCGGAAAAUGCAGAUGCAGACCUUCUCUCCAAAUUGACGCAGUAUGCUCCCGAGCAUGUUUCAAAACUUGCCCGGGUAGAAAUUCUUGAUCAAGCCAGCAUUGAAGAAUUGGAAGUAGCCGCCAUAACAGGGGAAAGCCAGUCUGACCGGUCAAACUUGGUCGGGGCGGAUGACAACUGGAUGUAUGAUCUGAUGGAAUACUUGAUGGAUGGGACCUUGCAGGAACAAGAUGACCGGGAAAGAAAAGUUAAGCUCAGGGCACCCCGGUUCCAAGUCCUUGACGGAAAGCUGUACAAGAGGGCAUUCGGGGGACCCCUCCUGAGGUGCCUAACCAACCGGGAGGCUGAACGGGUCAUAGCAGAAGUCCAUGAAGGUGUAUGCGCGGCGCAUCAAAUGUCCCGCACUCUUUCCCAGCGCAUCAUCUUGUUGGGGUAUUACUGGCCAACAAUUGUCCAGGAUUGCGAGAG